AUGAUCUAUUUGGAACCCCUAGAAAGUAAUGAUAAAAAAGAAGACAAUUGGGAAAAUAACAAAAUUAAUGAGGAUGAGAAUAAUGACAAUUGUGAGAAUAUAUUUUUGAGCGCAAAAGAAAAAAGAGAUAAUGAAAUAAAUAGAAUAUUAAAAAAUAUGAAAAAGGAAGAAAGGAAUUUAUGUUUUCCAUUAUUAGAUUUAUACUUUUUGAAUAAAAAUUUUAAAUGGCAGAAUUUAAAAGAAAGUUUAGAGCUUCCCAAUAAUGUAAAUGAAUAUAUAAACUUGAAUCUUUUAAAAAAGGAAAUAUUUCCAAAAGAUAUAAUUUUUCAAAAUGAUCAAAAGAAAAAACAUGAAAAAACAUGGAUUUAUAAUAAAUUGAUAAAAAGUGGAUUAUUAUAUGAUAAGAAGAUAAAAGAUAACAUAAUAAAUAAAUUAAAUAAUAAUUAUAAUAUUAUCGAAAAAUCUGAUAAUAUAAAAAAUGAAAAUAAUCAUAAUAUCAUUGUUAAUCAUAAUUUUCCUUGUGAAUGGAUAAAUAGUGAUGAUAUCAUUGGUACCUUUAAUCCAAUAUAUAAUGCACGAGAUAAAAUAAUUAAUGAUAAUUAUAUAUCGUCUGUACCAACGAUUGAUAUAUUUUAUAAUUCUUCCAAAUUAUUAACAAUUCAAACAAUAUUUGAACCGAUUAAUCAUUAUAUAUAUUUAUUACGUCUAUUACCAAAAUUUAGUUUACCUUUAUAUGAUUCUGGUAUUUUACAAUAUGUAUGUGAAGAUCCUAUAUUGAAUGGUAAAUUAAAAGGACUAGAAUUAUCUUAUCGUUUAUUAGUACAUGAUAUUUUAUUUUAUGCAUUCUUUUCUUAUUUAUCUGAUUUGCCUUUCUGGGCUAAACCUCCAAUAGAAAUAUUGAGAAUAUAUAAUUAUGAAAGCUUAUAUUCAUUUAAUGAUUGUGAAUCUGAGCACACGGAAAGGUUAGUAUUCCAUAAUAUCAAAAGUAUUAUAUAUAACUUUUCUGAUACAUUAAAUAAAAUUGAAUUAUUAUAUCCAAAAAAUUAUUAUAUAACUAUAUUUCCAAAUAUAUAUUUUAAAAAUAUUAUUGACUUUUUAAAAUCUGAAAAAUUCAAAUUGAAAAAAAUGAUUAUCUUACUUAAAGGUACAAAUUAUAUGGAUCUACAAAAGUUGAAUUAUAUCAAGUCCAUUUUUUAUCAUUUGAGAGGUGAUAAAACGGAGCAAAUAUCAUGUAACAUGAAUAAUAUGAUGGAUAUGACGAUAGGUGGGGCACACAUAAAAAUAAAUAAAGCAAAGGCAGGGGAUCUAUAUGAGUGUGAUCAUGAUUAUAAAGUUGAAAAAAAAGGUACUCAAUAUAUUAUUGAGGCAAUGAAAAAAUGUUCAAAAGGAAAUCCAAGAGAUAAAUGGGACGAACAAAGUAAUACAUCCAACAAAAAAAAAAAUAAAAACAACAACAAAAAAAACAAAAACAACAACAAAAAAAACAAAAACAACAACAAAAAAAACAAAAACAACAACAAUAAUGAUAAUGAUAAUGAUAAUAAUGAUAGAUAUACUAUUAAUAGUUGUAUGCACAAUCAUCAGAAUUAUACCAUUAGCAAUCAUUUUGAUAAAUUAAAAACCCAUGAAUGUUAUGUAGAAAUAGCAAACGAAGAAAAAGGUCACAAUAAUGUGCGUGAACAUAUUUGUACACAAUCGAUUUUAAACAAUAUUAUAAAUUCAAAUGAUCAAGUAAUAAUGACGAAAGAAACAAAUGAUAAUAUAGAUACAUCCAAUAUUAAUAAUAAUAAUAAUAAUAAUAAUAAUAAUGAUAAUAGUCAAGAAAAUAAUAAUUUCCAUGUUUAUAAUAAUAAUAAUUAUAAUAUACAUAAUUGUGCUCAUCAUAUAUAUUGUCAAAUGGACCAUCCGAGCAGGGAAAAUAAUAUAACAUUAGCAUUUAAAAAUGAAAACAAGUCAAAUAGUUUAUCAUCAGAAUUGUCAAACAGUGAUGAUGAUACGGAUGAUGAAAAUAUCGAUGGAUUUUUUAAAACGAAAAAAUUAAAAACUACGGUUUAUGAUAAAAGUACUUUUUCCUUCUCCAAAUUUGUUAAUAAAAUAAUAAAUUAUGAAAAAAUAAUUGACUAUUUAAAUAACGAUCCUCAGCGUCAAGAGAAGGAAGAUUCGAAGAUAAAAUUUUUUGUAAAAAUGUUGUUAUUUGAAAAAAGAUAUUCUAGUUAUGAUGUAAACAAUGAUGAAAUCGAUAUACAUAAUGAUGAAAAUACAAACGAAGGAUUUUUUCAGAGUUAUAGCUCUGAGAAUACCAGAAAUGUUCCGGCUGGGAUAAAUGAGGAUGGACAGGAAAUAUUUAAUACAAAUUCAUAUGUAGAAAAUAUUCAUAAUGAUGUAAAUGAUAGUGUAUCGAAUUCAUCUGAUUAUAUUAGUAACCUCAUUCAAAAUUUUAGAAGAAAUUAUGUAAGUAACAAUUUCUUAUCCUUUAGUAGGAAUGCAGAAAAAGAGCAAGAGAAUAAUAUGAAUAUAGAAACUACCCAAGAUAAUUUUACAAGCAUAACAUUUAAUUUUAAUUAA